AUGAGCCUCAACAUCCGAAAACAAUGGUCAUUCAGCGGUCUAGAUUAUACGGUGAAAGAUCAAGAUGGGAAAGUGCUUCUGCGAAGCCAUGGGCAUCGCGAAUACCGAACUGAUUUGAUCCAUACAGACUCUCAACAGGAGAAGAUAUGCUCUGUUAAUCUCAUGUUCACCUAUAGAGGACCAGGGCAAGAUAUCGGACAAGGGUCUAGAACGCACUUCGUAGACCACCUCACGGGAAUGAACAAGGAAAUUGUGGUGGACUGGAUGGAUCUUAUGAGGCAUAGGGGCCUGAUAAGUUUGAGAGAUGAUACAGGACACGACAGGACGAAUCAAGAGAAAUUUGGUAACGGUGUAGUGAUAGGUUCGUUGAAUGAUUAUGAUACGGUAUUUGACUAUACUCAUCCUCAAUUAGAGUUCGUUCCAAAUAUCGAUUAUACCCUUCUAGCUAUCACUGCAAUCUGUACUGAAUCAUUUACUGGUUAA